CGGCCAUCGCACACGUGUCCACGCACACGCACCCGGGCAGGGGGAGGACAAAGUCUCCACACGGGGAUGAUGGCGAUGAAAAAUGAUGGGAAGCCUCCUCCUGGGCCAGGGCAGUCGCCGGGGAUGCCACGUCUCGCCCGGCGUCGCCCGAGCCCGCGUCCCCCCGAGCGGUUCAGCAUCCGUCUCCGUGGCAACGCAUUUCUCACAUCCCUCGGUAUUCCUGUCCCUCUGGUCCGUGGUGCUGGCAGCCCUGGGUACCCUGCGUGCUGGGAGCAGAUGGGUGUCCAUGACCCAUCCCAGCACCCCUGAGAGGGGUGAGGAGAGCAGGGAUAGAUCCUCCUGCUCCGCAGGGUGCCCAUGGGGGUCUCUGAGCCCAUCCUUGUGCCCCAGCAUGGAUUUGGAGCAGCACGGAGGCACCAACGGGCAUCUGCCAGCUCUGCCUUCCUGGGCCAACAGUCACAUCACCUGCCAGCACUCUCCUUCAUGUGGGAUAUUUUUCUGCCUGAUCCCAGCUGGAGUUUUAUAGCAUGGAUGACACAGAGCUGUGGGCACCCUUGGAGAUGCAGCCGUUGAAGAGGAACCUCUUCCCCAGCACAAAGUCCCGCAGCAGCAGCAGCAGGAGCAGCAGCAGGAGCAGCAGCAGCAGCAGCAUCAGGAGCAGGAGCAGCAGCAGCCCCUCUUGCACCAGCCCUGGGAGAUGCUCAUGUGUGAAGUGACAGAGAGCUGCCCUUCCCCUGCAGAAUCAUCCACUGGACACAUCCACCUUGGAAAAGCCCUCCCUGGCUGGGAUUCCCGGAUACCAGUGACACUGCACAGACUGUUUCAGCCUCACUGCUCUCCCAAAACCCCCACUGGUGCCGGAGGCUCCACCACAACAACCCAGAGCUGGGAAAACCCCUCCCUGGAGCAGCUGGAAACGGAGGCUGGAGGGGCGCAGGAAAUCUCCAUUCAUCGGCACUUGGGCUCCAGCCAAAUUGGAGCCAAACCAACCAUUUUUCUCCAGCUUCCCAGUAAACUGGACUUUCCACAGAGCUGUGACUGGUGGGGAAGGGGGUCGUCAAGGGGGGGAUACAGGUAGAUGCUGGCUUUGCCCCCAGCUCCAUGGUGUCCAGGCUCACAGGUGGUGCCAGUGCUGUUGGCUCUCCCCUAUGGGAUUGGAAUCAGGGGGAUGAAAGAUUUUUGGGUGUCCAGGUCAGCCUGUGCAGGUGGUGGGUGGUAGGGCAGGGUGGGAAGUCGUGAUUUUUGGCAGGAGGUUUAAUAGAUAUCAGAGUUGCAGUCUCCUAAGUCCCUUCUUUUUUAAAAUGGCCCUGCACACCCUGUAGGGUUCCCAGUCCUGGCAGGAGGACUUGCCUCUUGUCAAGGGGCCACGUUGUCCCUGUGGACCCACCCCCUGGACUCACCCCAAGGGCCAUGGUGGUGCUCAGCUGCUUCACAGCCCCCGGUAGGGUCAAAAAGUCAAGGGGUUUCCCUCUCUCCCCCUAAAAGAAGCUCCCCCUCCAUGGCAGGUGUCUGCUGUGUCCUUAUGGGGUGGUUGUCCCAACAAGGAGUGAUGGGCUCAGCCAACCCAGGGCCUAAGCUCAGCCCAGGCACAGUUCCCAGGGCUGAGGUUGGGCCCUGGGGAAAAGGGAUUUAGUGGAUUAAAUAGAAAACAAAACAAAAAAAAAUACAAAGGAACUGUCAAGCCCACUGACAUGGGUCUGGUUUUCAUUUUGAAGGAACUUUUUGUUUCUUGUUUGUCAUCAGCCUAAUUCCUCCAAGUCCAUAACACUUGGUGUGAUGUGAUGUGAUUUCCCUCACAGCCAGGAGAAACACUCAAUAUCUCGGAAAAACGAGGCUAUGCCGGGAAGGGGGUCACUUUGGCAGGAAGCAGCACGAGAUGGACCUUGGCUGUGUCCCACAGGAGUGUUUUCCCUCCUUCCCUUGCCCUUGUGCCCUGUGGUGGGUGGCCAAGGUGCUGCCAAGGGGCAUCCCCCGUGUGAUGCCUGUGUGGGGUGAGGUGUCCUGCCAAGCCCCAUGGACCAGUUGAGCUGGAUCCCCCCGUGCCGAGCCGGGAGGGGACCGGGACCCUGCAGGGAUGUAGGUGCCUCUCACCCACCCCGUGCACCCCAGCCUUCCUCCUUUCUCUUUUUUCUGCCUUUCCCUUGAUUCUCCUCUUGAUUCUCCUCUUGAUUCUCCUCUUGAUUCUCCUCCAUCUCCUUCCCUCCCUCCCGUCCCAGCCCCUUCCCCUGCCCUCCCGGCAGGGCCAGGAGCCAAAGGGACUUUGCACCCCGAGGCAGCGCUCGCUCCCCGCUCCUUCCCCGCAAGCCUUGGAGCCGCCGAAGGGAAAGCGGAACGCUCCGGUCUUAUCUGCGAGGGGAGGCAGGCUCGGUGGGCAGGGUUUGCGCGAAGGCUGCUGGCUUAUAAGCAGCCGGCAGCGGAGGCAAAGCUGUCUCGGAAGGCACCGAACGGGGCCCCCCCUCCGCGCAGCGCUCCCGCCGCGAUGCCCCCAGCGCUGGGGCUGCUGCUCGGGCUCAGCCUGGCAGGUGCCCUUCGGGCCCAGUUCGAGCCCCCCCAGCAUCCCGGCACCGAGGAGGGGGCCGCCCUCUUCGCCAGUGACUACAACAGCACGGCCGAGCUCGUCCUCUUCGAGAGCGUCUCGGCCAGCUGGAAUUACAACACCAACCUGACGGCGGAAAACGCUGCUCUGCAGGUCCAGGCGUCGCUGGAGGAGCAGAACUUCACGGAGCUGUGGGGGAAGAGAGCCAAGGAGCUCUAUGGCAACAUCUGGAGCAACUUCACAGACCCACAGCUGAGGAAGAUCAUCGGCUCCAUCCAGACCCUGGGACCCUCCAACCUGCCCCUGGACAAGAGAGAGCAGUACAACACCAUCCUGAGCGACAUGGACAAGAUCUACUCCACGGCCAAGGUGUGCCUGCCCAACGGCACCUGCUGGGAUCUGGAGCCAGACCUCUCGGACAUCAUGGCCAUGUCCCGCAGCUACAAGAAGCUGCUCUAUGCCUGGGAGGGGUGGCACAACGCCGCGGGGAACCCGCUGCGCCCCAAGUACGAGGAGUUCGUGCAGCUGAGCAACGAGGCCUAUUUGGCAGAUGGAUUUGAGGACACAGGCAGCUACUGGCGCUCCUGGUAUGACUCAGACACCUUUGAGGAUGACCUAGAGAGUAUCUACAACCAGCUGGAGCCGCUCUACCUCAACCUGCACGCCUUCGUCCGGAGGAAGCUCUAUGACUACUACGGCCCCAAAUACGUCAACCUGAGGGGUCCCAUCCCUGCUCACCUCCUGGGGAACAUGUGGGCUCAGCAGUGGAACAACAUCUAUGACCUGAUGGUCCCCUACCCUGAGAAGCCCAACCUUGAUGUCACGAGUGCCAUGGUGCAGCAGGGCUGGAAUGCCACCCACAUGUUCCGGGUCUCAGAGGAGUUCUUCACCUCCUUGGGGCUGCUGGAGAUGCCCGAGGAGUUCUGGAACAAGUCCAUGCUGGAGAAGCCGACGGACGGGCGGGAGGUGGUGUGUCACGCCUCAGCCUGGGACUUCUACAACCGCCGAGACUUCAGGAUCAAGCAGUGCACGUCGGUGACCAUGGAGCAGCUGUUCACGGUGCACCACGAGAUGGGCCACAUCCAGUACUACCUGCAGUACAAGGACCAGCCCGUCUCCUUCCGCAGCGGGGCCAACCCUGGCUUCCACGAGGCCAUCGGGGAUGUCCUGUCCCUGUCUGUCUCCACCCCAAGCCACCUCCACACAAUCGGUCUCCUCAGCAAUACCACUGAGGAUGAAGAGAGCAACAUCAACUACCUGCUGAAGAUGGCCCUGGAGAAGAUUGCCUUCCUACCCUUUGGCUACCUCAUCGACCAGUGGCGCUGGAACGUGUUCAGUGGCCGCACGCCCCCGAGCCGCUACAACUCCGACUGGUGGUACCUGAGAACCAAAUACCAGGGUAUCUGUGCCCCUGUCACGAGGAAUGAGAGCAACUUCGACCCUGGAGCAAAGUACCACAUCCCUGGGAACACCCCUUACAUCAGGUACUUUGUGAGCUUCAUCCUCCAGUUCCAGUUCCACAAGGCGCUGUGCCAGGCAGCCGGACACAGCGGCCCCCUGCACACCUGUGACAUCUACAGGUCCAGAGAGGCUGGAGACAAGCUCAGGGAAGUGUUGAAAGCUGGGUCUUCCAAGUCGUGGCAGGAAGUCCUGUUCAACUUCACUGGCACGGAUAAGAUGGAUGCUGGGCCCCUCCUGGAGUACUUCAGCCCUGUCACCACGUGGCUUCAGGAGCAGAACAACAAGACCAACGAGGUGCUGGGCUGGCCUGAGUUUGAGUGGCGUCCUCCCAUCCCUGAAGGCUACCCUGAAGGCAUUGACAAAAUAACAGAUGAAGCACAAGCCAAAGAGUUCCUGGCCGAGUACAACAGCACAGCCGAGGUGGUGUGGAACGCCUACACCGAGGCAUCCUGGGCCUACAACACCAACAUCACCGGCCACAACAGGGAGGUCAUGCUGGAGAAGAACUUGGCCAUGUCCAAGCACACCCUGGAUUACGGCAUGAGGGCCAGGCAGUUCGACACCUCCGACUUCCAGGACGAAAGUGUCACCCGCAUCCUCAAGAAGCUGAGUGUCAUCGAGAGGGCAGCCCUGCCUGAGGAUGAGCUGAUGGAGUACAACACCCUCCUCUCGGAUAUGGAGACCACGUACAGCCUGGCCAAGGUCUGCAGGGAUGACAAAACCUGUCUCCCACUGGAUCCUGACCUCACAGACAUCAUGGCCACCUCUCGGGACUAUGAUGAGCUCCUCUUUGCCUGGAAGGGCUGGCGGGAUGCUUCUGGGAAGAAGAUGAGGAACGACUACAAGCGAUACGUGGAACUGAGCAACAAGGCAGCCGUGCUCAAUGGUUACACAGACAAUGGGGCCUACUGGAGAUCCCUGUAUGAGACACCCACCUUCGAGGAAGAUCUGGAGAGGCUGUACCAGCAGCUGCAGCCCCUGUACCUCAACCUGCACGCCUACGUACGCCGGGCCCUCUACAAGAAGUACGGGGCAGAGCACAUAAACCUGAGGGGGCCCAUCCCUGCUCAUCUGCUAGGCAACAUGUGGGCUCAGUCAUGGUCCAACAUUUUCGACCUGGUGAUGCCUUUUCCGAAUGCCACCAAGGUGGAUGCCACCCCAGCCAUGAAAGAACAGGGCUGGACAGCCAAGAGGAUGUUUGAGGAGUCAGACCGUUUCUUUACCUCCCUGGGCCUCAUCCCCAUGCCCGAGGAGUUCUGGAACAAGUCCAUGAUCGAGAAGCCGUCGGACGGGCGGGAGGUGGUGUGCCACGCCUCGGCCUGGGACUUCUACAACCGCAAGGACUUCAGGAUCAAGCAGUGCACGGUGGUGAACAUGGACGACCUGAUCACGGUGCACCACGAGAUGGGCCACGUCCAGUACUUCCUGCAGUACAAGGACCAGCCCGUCUCCUUCCGGGAUGGGGCCAAUCCCGGCUUCCACGAGGCCGUCGGGGAUGUCAUGGCCUUGUCCGUCUCCACCCCCAAACACCUGCACAGCAUCAAUCUGCUGGAUGAAGUCAAGGAAGACCAAGAGAGUGACAUUAACUACCUGAUGAGCAUCGCCCUGGACAAAAUCGCCUUCCUGCCCUUCGGGUACCUCAUGGACCAGUGGCGCUGGAAGGUGUUUGAUGGGCGGAUCAAGGAUGACGAGUACAACAAGGAGUGGUGGAACCUCAGGACGAAGUACCAGGGCUUGUGCCCACCAGCACCGAGGUCUGAAGAUGACUUUGACCCUGGGGCAAAGUUUCACAUCCCUGCCAACGUCCCCUACAUCAGGUACUUUGUCAGCUUCGUGAUCCAGUUCCAGUUCCACCAGGCUCUCUGUACGGCAGCCGGGCACACGGGUGCCCUGCACACCUGUGACAUCUACCAGUCCACGGAGGCUGGGAAGAUCCUGGGGGAUGCCCUGAAGCUGGGUUUCAGCAAGCCAUGGCCUGAGGCCAUGCAGCUCAUCACGGGGCAGCCCAACAUGUCAGCAGAGGCCCUGAUGAGCUACUUCGAGCCGCUCAUGACAUGGCUGGAGAAGGAGAAUGAGAAGAACGGGGAGGUGCUGGGCUGGCCCGAGUACAGCUGGACUCCUGACUCAGCCACUCUGGCCCCAGAUGGCUCCAGCAAAACUGAUUUCCUGGGAAUGUCCCUGACCAAAAGCCAAGCCUCGGUAGGCGCCUGGGUCCUGCUCGCCCUGGCGCUCGUCUUCCUGAUCACCACCAUCUUCUUCAGCGUCAAGUUCUUCUCGUCCAGGAGAAAGGCCUUCAAAUCCAGCUCAGAAAUGGAACUGAAAUGAGGCAGCCACCAGCGGGGCAGCACGGACAGGGUGCAAGCACGGGCACUUGGCCAGGCUGGCAGCCAUGCCAUGGGCACAUUUGCCAACAAAGCCAUGGGUUUCCACAGCCCAGGACUCCUCUCUCCUAUCAGGUCAGACAUUUCUUUCCACUAUGCAAGAGCCAAAGCAGAGAAGAGCUAUUUAUUUGACAAUGUCUGCAUCGGAGGAAAGAGAAAUUCCGGCGCCGGCAGGCACGGAGCCGUCACGAGCUGCCCCUGUGCCCAGGGCUGGAGCUGGUCCUGCCUGGUCACCCACCAGCCAACUCUGACCUGUGGGCAAAGCCACAGAGACUCGAGUCACAGAGGACAGUUUGGGGAGGGACAGAGCACGUUCUUCCCCCUGGUUUGCCUCUGCCAGGCUGUUCGUUUGCAUGGAUGAAAAAUAAACCCAUGUCUUGGCACCCUC